AUAUGCUGCCUGGGAAACACUGGACUAUGGAUGAUAAGGAGAGAAAGCGUCUGGAGGCUCUGGAGAGGAAGAGAGAAAACCAAAGGCUCUUUGAGGAAGAAGUUGGCAAGAUAAAGGGUAAACAGACAAAAGAAGCCCCCGGUAAAGUGACUCGAGCCCAGAUUGAGGAGAACCUACAAAGCGAGCAAAAUGUUAAGGAAACCGAGGUAAAAGAGAAAAGCCACUUGGAGAUGCCGCUUGAGGAGAACGUCAAUCAGAUAGUUCCAGAAGAAGGCACGAUGGAGGCCCGAACCAUUGAGGAUGCCAUCGCAGUUCUCAGCACUAAGGAAGACCUGGAUCGACACCCUGAGCGGCGUAUGAAAGCCGCCUAUGCUGCGUUUGAAGAAGCAAACAUGGCGCGCCUUAAAAUGGAGAACCCCAAUAUGCGACUUUCCCAGCUAAAACAACAGCUCAAGAAGGAGUGGACAAAGUCUCCGGAAAACCCCCUCAACCAAUGUGUGGCCACCUACAACUCCAAGUAAACCAACACAAGGGCACUUAAAGUCUGACCCUCGGCGCAGAUCCUAACAAAUACAAAAAGGCACCACGAUUAAAUUUGGACACAAAAUUUACACAUGAACAGCUGAUCUAUUCGCACCCUCACCUCAUAUGUGAACUCACAGACAAACUUGGAUUAUUUAACUAAUUAUUCAAUAAAUGUCUGAUGAUGUAUGAACUUAAUUCGCUUAUCUGCUAGACAAUGGCCUAUGAGCUGCUGGGAGGUUUCGAGGUUUGGUUUUUAGUGAACGCAGAGUGGAUUCUCAACUAGCACACCUUUCCUCCACAUAACAUGUUUUACUGCUGUGUUGAGUUCAUUUAUUAAUGUCUUCAUCUAAUAUGCGGAACAUGACCUGAAGUGUGGUUAACCUGAGGCAAGUUUUUAUUUUUUUAUUUAGUGUCUGUGUGAUAAUCAUUAGGGUUCACCUUCUGGUUUGAUAUUUAUGGAGAAGAGAAAGGUGAUCUGAUAAUUGCUCUAAAUUAAGAUGAUAUGGAUAGAGAUUUGUGUGCUUGAUUGAUCUUACAUGGCUUUGUUUUGAAAAUGUACUUUGGACCUGGUAUGGAACCGUGUCUCCACAUCCCAAAGGCGAGUGGACUAAUAGCCGUUGGAUUGCCAUACACACGUGUCAAGCAGUGCGAAGACACACUCUGGUCUGUGCUUCGCAUCUGUGGAGGAGUACAAACACUCUCAGUGGCUCUUGGAAAACUUUUUUUAAAUAAAAAGUAAGGAAGAAACAGCUA